AUGACAACAUCACAAGAAAACGCCCCUCCUCUCUCCCACCCCCCCUUCUACUCAAUCCCCAACAUCAACAACCUCCGGGACGCCGCCCUGUACCCCCUCAAAACCUCAACCGGCCAACCCAUCCGUCCAGACAUCCUCUUCCGCAGCGCAGAAGUAUCCAAACUCUCCCUCCCAGACUGGCAAGCCCUCCACGCAAUCGGGAUAUCCCACGUCUUCGAUCUACGCAGCAAGCCCGAAGUAGACAAAGGCUGGGCGGGCAUCGUAGGCGAGGGCAAAGAUGGCGCAGAUGUACGACCGGGCUGGAUCGCGGCGAUGGAGCAGGCGGGUGUGAAGAGGAGUUGGGUACCUGUUUUUGCCGAGGCGGAUUAUUCUCCUGAACGGUUGGCGGAGCGGUAUGUCAAGUAUAUGGAUGAGGGCGUGGGCGGGUUUGUAGAGGCUUAUGAGGAUAUCUUGCGGAAUGGCGGGGAUGCGUAUAGGUCGAUUUUGCUGUAUCUUGCGGGCUUAUCGCCGCCGACGCUUACGAAGAGUGAUGGGCAUGUACAGGAGCCGCUGGGUGCGCUGGUACAUUGCACAGCUGGGAAAGAUAGGACGGGUAUCUUCUUUGGCAUUCUCUUUGAUUUCCUUGGUGUACCGCGGGAGGCGAUUGCGCUGGAGUACAAUCUCACCGAGCAGGGGCUGAGGCAUAUUCGCGAUGAAGUCGCUGCGAGGCUCAUGCAAUCCCCGGGGUUCAAGAAGUACAUGCUUUCCCAAAUGGCUGGGAAGUCUCUCUCAGCGGAGGACAUCGCGAGAUCUCUACGUGAGCAGGGGGGAGAAAAAGAGAGUGAAGGCGCUGGUGUUCAAAUUCCGCCUGAGAUCUUGGAGAAGGGUCGGCAAGCGGCGUUCAGGAUGAUUGGCGCGAGGAAGGAGAGUAUGCUCAAGUCUCUUGAGAUGGUGGAUGAGAAGUUCGGAGGGGCAGAGGCGUAUAUGAGGAAGGAGUGUGGGCUGGGCGAUGAGGAGUUGGAGAAGCUGAGGAGGAAUUUGGUGUUGAAGGAGUGA